CUUGAACUUGAAGCGAAAGACCGUCAGUCGACAAGAGUCGUCUACCUGGAGCUGGUGCUGCAAAACUCGUCACAGGUGUAUACAACAGCAAUCAGAACAAUCUCGCCAGACCUUAAAAAACAAACGCCGAAUCAACAUGGGAGUCUGCAGGGUUAUUCUAUUGGCGAUGUUGAUGGCCUGCUUGGUGGCCGGAGUCCCUCUUCCCAGCGAGAAUCCAGCAUCCGCCCAACAGGAUCCAGUCGAAGCCCGGGAAGAUCCCGACUUAACUGUCCACCGAUUGGAUGCCGAUGAAGCCAUUCCAGCGGCUGAAAUUGCGGCUGACAUUGCUGCCCAAUCGGAGAUUUUCAGCGGCGAUAACGUCGCAGCGGUAGAUAGAAACGUACCAACUAGUGUUCGACAAUUCGGAGUGGCCGUUCCGGAGUUGAAACUCAGUCAUUUCCAGAGGUUUGAUGAUGAGGGUCGCUACAGUUUCGGCUACGCUUAUCCCGAACAGGUUCGCAUGGAAUCCCGUUCUGAAGACGGAGUCGUCACUGGAUCUUAUUUCUACACAGACCCCAAUGGCGUUCACAAUCAGGUUCAGUAUUUGGCGGAUGGCGAUGGAUUCCGCGUUGCUGCCAACAACUUGCCCGUCUUUUAUCCCGGAGAGCAACCCAAGGACACGCCCGAGGUUGAGGAAGCCAAACGCAAACAUCUCGAGAUUUGGGCCGCCAUCGCCAAACAAAACAAUAAGGCCCAGAUCGCAAAGGAAGAGGCCAUCAGGAGGGUCGAAGCUGCCACUAACGUUGAAGACAAUCGCGAAGCUGUCAUCACCGAUGCCCUAGAGGCGGAUGAAGUUGAGUCUGCCAUGGAACUGUUCCGCCCGGACUCUGCAUCCAAGAUCGAACAAGAUUCCGCAUUGGAGAAACAGCCGUCCAUCAAGCCCCUUGAUCCUGACGUCACCAUCGAUGAAGAGAAACAGGCCGUCAUUACCGAGCAGGAUGAGGACAUCAACGCCGGAAUCUUUGACAGCGAUGCCGAGCCCAUCCGGCUAUUGGCCCAGGUCUACGCCAAACACGUCCAGGCCAACGCCGAGCCUCCGCAGGUCAUCGAGCGUCCGGCUGGUUUCCAUCCGCAGAAUAUUUUGCUACCCGUCGGAUUCGACCUGUUCAGCCGCGACGACGGAACAGACGGUCGAGAUGCCGUUGAAAUCACCAAUCCGGAAUUCAUCGACCUUCGAGCCUUCUUCACCAGCCGCAACCGCAACCAAAUGCCCCAGAUCGUCCUCCGCGCUGAAGAGAAAAUGGUGAAACCGUCGAAAUUCGACGACAAUAUCACGGAAGAUCUCCUCACAUCGGUGGAGCCCAAUCCGGCCGAAUUGGACUUUGACGGCGAGUUCGUCGCGCCCAAUGAGUUGUACAACUAUUACUUCAACAUUGCCAACGGCGGUGAUGAGCAGACCAGUCCUUUGGUGGCUAUUCCUUUGAAUCGCGAGACGCUGGAAAAGUUGCCCGAAUCUUUGCAAUUGGCGCUGAACGGAAUGGGCGCCAUUGACGGCCACCACAACGCCCAGUCGAUGCCCAGCCAGCAGGUCCGAUUGAAUCAGCAAUUGCUGAAUCAGCAGAGGUUCGCCAGCAACUUCUACAACUACCAGCAGCCUUACUAUUCGCCAUACUCUUCAUUCUAUUCCCCUUAUUACCAUUACCGCCAAACCGCUGCCCAGUAUAAUCCUUACAGCAAUUACCACAUGUCCCCUUAUAGACGCAUGCCUUCAGUAAGACCCUAUUCGCCAAACCCAUUCCAUUACAACCCGUAUUAUUCUUACUAAUUUGGUAUAAUUAGUUGCAAUUAUGCAAAUUUUUUAUGGCAUUUAAAUUAUUUCCCAUCGUCUGGCCAAGUGGCCAGGGCGUGGUCAGGCCAAGGUUUCUUUUACGGGAGGUGGGGCAUUUUGUUUUCAAGCUUCUUUGACACACUGUUUGUUAUAAAUGAUGUAAUUGGGGUUGGUUGUUGUUUAGAAUAUUCAUUGGUAUUAUCAAAUAAUUGGACGAAUAAUUAUGCAACAACAAUACAAUCUUCAAUCGAA